AUGGAUAGACCAGACUCUGCUGGACCUGGACCUGGACCUGGACCUGGACCUGGACCUGGACCUGGACCUGGACCUGGACCCAGCUGUGUGUCUAUGAAGAGUGAUCGGUCAAAGGGUCAACUCAUUUAUUUUAAAGAACAACGUCCGGAUGCAACAAGGAGGAAGCUGGACCAACCUGAACCCAGCUGUGUGUCUAUGAGGAGCGAUCGGUCUAUGGAGCUUCCUUAUAACUUCAAAGAUGGACGCCACUCUGAUGAUCACAGAGUGGACCAGGAGAGCUCAGAGGUUCCCAGUGGUCAGUCUGCCCAGCAGCAUCAAACACACCUGGACUCCAUAUUUAUGCUGCUGGAGGAGAACAUCGUCACUUUUGUGAAGAACGAGCUGAAGAAGAUGCAGAAGGUUCUGAGUCCAGAUUACCCAGAAUGCUUAGAGAGUCAGAGUGAGGACGAGGAGGUGUUGAACUGUGAGGAGAAAGAGCAGAGGAGGAGAAGCAGAGACGCAUUUCUGAAGAUCACACUGCACUUCCUGAGGAGAAUGAAGCAGGAGGAGCUGGCUGAGCUUCUGCAGAGCAGAACUCCUGCUGGCAGGUGUCGACGUAAACUCAAGUCUAACCUGAAGAAGAAGUUCCAGUGUGUGUUUGAGGGGAUCGCUAAAGCAGGAAACCCAACCCUUCUGAAUGAGAUCUACACACCGCUCUACAUCACAGAGGGAGGGACUGCAGAGGUCAAUGAUGAACAUGAGGUCAGACAGAUUGAAACAGCAUCCAGGAAACCACACAGACCAGAAACAUCAAUCAGACAAGAAGACAUCUUUAAAGCCUCACCUGGAAGAGAUGAACCAAUCAGAACAGUGAUGACAAAGGGAGUGGCUGGCAUUGGGAAAACAGUCUUAACACAGAAGUUCACUCUGGACUGGGCUGAAGACAAAGCCAACCAGGACAUACACUUCACAUUUCCAUUCACUUUCAGAGAGCUGAAUGUGCUGAAAGAGAAAAAGUACAGCUUGGUGGAACUUGUUCAUCACUUCUUUACUGAAACCAAAGAAGCAGGAAUCUGCAGGUUUGAAGAGUUCCAGGUUGUGUUCAUCUUUGACGGUCUGGAUGAGUGUCGACUUCCUCUGGACUUCCACAACACUGAGAUCCUGACUGAUGUUACAGAGUCCACCUCAGUGGAUGUGCUGCUGACAAACCUCAUCAGGGGGAAACUGCUUCCCUCUGCUCGCCUCUGGAUAACCACACGACCUGCAGCAGCCAAUCAGAUCCCUCCUGAGUGUGUCAGCAUGGUGACAGAGGUCAGAGGGUUCACUGACCCACAGAAGGAGGAGUACUUCAGGAAGAGAUUCAGAGAUGAGGAGCAGGCCAGCACCAUCAUCUCCCACAUCAAGACAUCACGAAGCCUUCACAUCAUGUGCCACAUCCCAGUCUUCUGCUGGAUCACUGCUACAGUUCUGGAGGAUGUGUUGAAAAGCAGAGAGAGAGGAGAACUGCCCAAGACCCUGACUGAGAUGUACAUCCACUUCCUGGUUCUUCAGUCCAAACUGAAGAAUGUCAAGUAUGAUGGAGGAGCUGGGACAGAUCCACACUGGAGUCCAGAGAGCAGGAAGAUGAUUGAGUCUUUGGGAAAACUGGCUUUUGAGCAGCUGCAGAAAGGCAACCUGAUCUUCUAUGAAUCAGACCUGACAGAGUGUGGCAUCGAUAUCAAAGAAGCCUCAGUGUGCUCAGGAGUGUUCACACAGGUCUUUAAAGAGGAGAGAGGGCUGUACCAGGACAAGGUGUUCUGCUUCGUCCAUCUGAGCCUUCAGGAGUUUCUGGCUGCUCUUCAUGUCCAUCUGACAUUCAUCAAGUCUGGAGUCAAUCUGCUGGAAGAAGAACAAACAACAUCCCAGAAGUCUAAAACUAAACAAGAAUCUGCAGAGACACGUUUCUACCAGAGUGCUGUGGACGAGGCCUUAAAGAGUCCAAAUGGACACCUGGACUUGUUCCUCCGCUUCCUCCUGGGUCUUUCACUGCAGACCAAUCAGACUCUCUUACAAGGCCUGAUGACACAGACAGGAAGUAGCACACAGACCAAUCAGAAAACAGUUGAGUACAUCAAGAAGAAGCUCAGUGAGAAUGUUUCUGCAGAGAGAAGCAUCAAUCUGUUCCACUGUCUGAAUGAACUGAAUGAUCAUUCUCUAGUGGAGGAGAUCCAACAGUACCUGAGAUCAGGAAGUCUCUCCACAGAUGAACUGUCUCCUGCUCAGUGGUCAGCUCUGGUCUUCAUCUUACUGUCAUCAGAAAAAGAUCUGGAUGUGUUUGACCUGAAGAAAUACUCUGCUUCAGAGGAGGCUCUUCUGAGGCUGCUGCCAGUGGUCAAAGCCUCCAACAAAGCUCUGCUGAGUGGCUGUAACCUCUCAGAGAGAAGCUGUGCAGCUCUGUCCUCAGUUCUCAGCUCCCAGUCCUCUAGUCUGAGAGAUCUGGACCUGAGUAACAACAACCUGCAGGAUUCAGGAGUGACGCAGAUUUCUGCUGGACUGGAGAGUCCACACUGUACACUGAAGACUCUCAGCCUGUCAGGAUGUCUGAUCACAGAGGAAGGCUGUGCUUCUCUGGCCUCAGCUCUGCGCUCCAACCCCUCCCAUCUGAAAGAGCUGGACCUGAGCUACAAUCAUCCAGGAGACUCAGGAGAGAAGCUUCUGUCUGCUGGACUGGAGGAUCCACACUGGAGACUGGACACUCUCAGGCUGAGUAACUGUAACCUCUCAGAGAGAAGCUGUGCAGCUCUGUCCUCAGUUCUCAGCUCCCAGUCCUCUAGUCUGAGAGAUCUGGACCUGAGUAACAACAACCUGCAGGAUUCAGGAGUGAAGCAGCUUUCUGCUGGACUGGAGAGUCCACACUGUGAACUGAAAACUCUCAGUCUGUUAGGAUGUCUGAUCACAGAGGAAGGCUGUGCUUCUCUGGCCUCAGCUCUGCGCUCCAACCCCUCCCAUCUGAGAGAGCUGGAUCUGAGCUACAAUCAUCCAGGAGACUCAGGAGAGAAGCUUCUGUCUGCUGGACUGGAGGAUCCACACUGGAGACUGGACACUCUCAGCCUGCAGCCUGCUGGAGUCCGAUGGUUGACACCAGGUCUGAGGAAGUAUUUCUAUGAACUCAAACUGGAUCCAAACACAAUGAACAGAAACCUCAAACUGUCUGAUAACAACAGGAAGGUGACACAUGUGGAGGAGGAUCAGUCAUAUCCUGAUCAUCCAGACAGAUUUGAUGUCUGUGAUCAGCUGCUGAGUAGAAAUGUUCUGACUGGUCGAUGUUACUGGGAGGUCGAGAGGAGAGGAAACGUUUAUAUAUCAGUGAGUUACAGAAGAAUCAGAAGGAAAGGAAACAGUUAUGACUGUUGGUUUGGACAUAACGAUCAGUCCUGGAGUCUGUUCUGCUCGGAUGGUGGUUACUCUGUCCAUCACAAUAACAGACGAACAUCCAUCUCCUCCUCCUCCUCCUCCUCCUCCUCCUCCUCCUCCUCUAACAGAGUAGCAGUGUAUGUGGACUGUCCUGCUGGCACUCUGUCCUUCUACAGAGUCUCCUCUGACACACUGAUCCACCUCCACACCUUCAACACCACAUUCACUGAACCUCUGUGUGCUGGGUUUGGGUUCUGGCUUGGUUCUGGUUCCUCAGUGUCUCUGUGUGGUCUGUAGGAAGGAGAGUCUCCUCCUGUCAGAGAAACGUUCUCAUGUUAUUUAGCACCAACCUGAUCUCUCACUGGUUGUAAAUAGAGUUUCUAAAGCCAACAUGGUUUCCACAUGACUGACAGUUAGUUAGUCAGUCACAUAUAUCCACAUUUAAAAAGCUGUAAAACAGAAGCUGAUUUUCUCAGAGCAGAUAUCUCAGUCUGUUAGAGGACUGUUUGGAGGUUCGGAGGUCGUGGCUUUGAUCCUUAUGAGUCUCAGUCAAUGUUCAAGUCCAACACCCAAAGUGAAACUCAGAAGCUCUCAGAGAGAAAACCACCAGCGGCUCAAAGUUUACUGAAACGUCAAGUUGUGACCGAGCUUUUUAAACAUGUUGGAAGAGUUUAGCCACUAACUAUAACACACAUAAUGACAGUAAGUAUCUGCUGGCCUAGAGAGGAACUUUGGUCUUUCUCCUCUUAUUUGGUUUUUUGGGCUUCUUGUUCAAUGACUUGAUUUUUUAAUCAUAUAGUGGAUUCAGAAACCAACAUGUUUUUAUUUGUGUCUCUACUGGAUGUGCAUGUACAGCUGUCAAUCAACAUGAUGAUUCAUCCAUUCAUCCAUUCAUAGUUUUGUCUCUAAAAUGUCAGAAAAUAGUGAAAAUAUUGUGUUUUUAUUAUUUUACUGUUUAGUUUUAACUUGUUUUUACAGUUUAAUAUUUAGUUGUUAUGUAAAUCACAUUGAAUUGACCCAGUGUAUGAAAUGUGCUAUAUAAAUAAAGCUGUCUUGCCUAAAACGCUGGUUAUAAUCUCACAGAGUCAAAGGCAGCGUCUUUAAAUGUCUCAUUGUGUCUGAACUAAAGUCCAGAACAUCAAAUAUUCAGUUUAUUAUCAUGUGUGAAUGUUGAGUCUCUUUAAAUGAAACCUGAGGAGUUCGGUGUAGACCUGCUCUAUGUGGAAAGAGCCUUGAGAUGACUUUACAAAUAAAGAUUGAUUGAUUUGA